AUGGAGGAUCCUCUCGGCGGUUCUACGGUGGAUGUGGCCAAGAAUGGCGGUCCGACGGUCGUCUCGAUGGUCGGGGAGGACGUCGACCCUGAUUUUUGUGCAGGCUGGAUGCGCGCUCGGGCACGCGGGGGUACUCAGGUGGAGAAGGAGCCCAGGCCUAGUUCCUACGUGGCCCGGAAGGUCAUCGAGAAGGUCGAGCGCAUGGGGAGGAUGCCGAGAGUGGGACUGGAGGGCGAGAGCAAGGUGGUGGUGAGGCCGCGAGGUGGCCUGGAUUUGAGGAAGACGUCGAUCGUCGUCGUGGCGGACGCAAUCCGGGCGGUGGCUGGGAUCUCGGAGGAGGAGGCCUCGUUGGAUACGCAGUGCCCGAACGUGCAGCAAAAUGUGGUGGUCAUCAGUACGGGGAGCGACGCCAGGGCGGUCAAGUAUGCUGCGGUGACGUGUAUCUGCGUGGCGGGGAGGUCCUACGAAGUGCGGGCUUACGUCACGGCUCCCUUUGACACCGUCAAGGGGGUGAUCCGUGGCGUCCCGGUGCACCAUACGGCGGAGGAGAUUGAGCGACUUCUCAUCGGGCCCAGGAACCCGACGGUGCGAGCGGCGGAGCGUAUCGGCUCUUCGGCAACGGUCGUGGUGAUCUUUGGGGGUGACGUAGCGCCGCAUCAGGUGUUCUACGGCGGGAGUGUGUUGCGGUGCUCCCUGUACAGGAAGCACUAUGAGGUGUGCAAGACGUGUGGCCGUGUCGGUCAUCGAACUGAUGUGUGCCCAACCCCCGGCGUCAGACGGUGCUUGGGAUGUGGCGGAACUCCGGACCCGGGACAUGCGUGUAGUCCCAGAUGUGGCUUGUGUGGGGGUCCGCAUGUUACCGGGGAUAAGGUGUGUAAGAAUCGGUUUCGUACGCCGUACAUCGUUCGUAGGCGGCUGUGGGAGAGAGCGGAGCGGGGUCUGUCCGGGGAUCGGCCGUCUCCUCCCCCGCGGGGUUCUGCGGAAGAAUACCCUAGGCUGGGGAGGUCUCGCUCGAGGUCGCGCGAGUCUGAGAGGCCGGCGGCACGUAGUCGCAGCAGGAGCACAAGUGAUCAGGUCACGUGGGCCCAGGCGGUGCAGUCUGAUCGGGGGGAGGUUGCUAAGUUGCGUGAGGAGAAUCGUAGGCAAGCUGCUGAGGUCGUGGAGCUGAGAAGGGAGAACAAGAAGUUAGUGAAGACCGUGGAGGAGCUGAAGGCACUGGUCGAGGGCUUGGUUCGUCGGCUGGACAGUUCGGCUCCUCCCUCGGGACCGGAGGACUCCGCCCCUCCCGCCAAGCGCAGGAGUGUGGAGGCUCGCAGACGUAGGGGGGAGGGUGUUGAGGACAGGUUUAAGGAGAUUGAGGGCCGUGUAGGUCUGGUGGAAGACGGAGUGAAACAGCUUAACGAGAAAAUGGAUUCGAUCAUGAAGGUGCUAACGGUGAUGCAGGGUACUUUACAGCGAAAUUCAGAGGGACAAUGGCAUCAACCUUAAAUAUCUGGGUCUGGAACUGUAACGGUUUUAGGAGUAAGAGGGCCAGGUUACAGCAGUACAUUAAGGGUAGGGGGGUUAAGCCGGAUGUGAUAAUGGUUCAGGAGGUGGUACAGGAGGAUGUGAGUCUCCCCGGCUACGUCACGUACCGGUCUAGUGGGGGUCCUGCGGGCCGCCGCAGGGGGGUCUGCACGUUCGUGCGGCGGAGUCUUCCGGUCCUAGUGCACGAGCUUAAGGGGGACGAGAACGUCGAGAGGGUGUUGACCGAGGUGUUAGUGGGUAGAUUGGGAGUCUGUCUGUGCAACGUGUACAGUAAUCCGCGUUUCGGCAGACAGAGGUUCAGGAAUCUGCUGCAUGGAUGUGCGCGUUGGGCCGAUGGCAGGGGCUUAGUCGUUUCCGGGGACUUUAACGCUAGGCACGAGUUCUUGGGCCACGCGGCUACCACGG